AUGUUUGAAAAUUCAGAGACCUUUGGGUUUUGUAUAAAUGGUACAGAACCACAAUCGGCAACAGCUUUCGAUGACAUUCUAAUACAUAUGGAUGGGUUGAGUAUUGCCCUUGGUGUUGGUUUGAUUAUAGGUGGUGUAGGAUCAACACUUCCACAACAUAUUAAACUUUUAAAGACUAGAAGAGCGGUUGGUCUUAGUUACCUUUGGUUAUUCCUUGGAAAUAUUAAUCAAUUUUCUGCUGUAUGCAAUGCUUUUAUGAUCAAAUAUCCACAAAUUCAAGCAUGUUAUCAAACAUCGUUCUUGGAUUGUGCACCUUCAAUGUUGGCUUUAAUUCAAUUAUUUUCUUUAUGGGUUUUCACUAUACCAAUUUAUAUAAUGUAUAUAUUAUUUACACCAAACGAUUUAAAAGAUAUUGAAGAAUCAAAUGUUGCCAAUGUACAAGCGGCAAAGAGAGAAUACAAAAUUGGAAUUAUAUUUUUUGGCCUACUCAUAGCGUUUUUAGUAGUCAUACCGAUAGUUGUAGCGGUACUUAUAAACAAAUAUGGACCAUGUGAUCACGCAUCAUAUAUUUUUGGCUAUGGAAUGGGUAUCCUUUCCACUGUCAUUACUUUUAUUCAAUGGUCUCCACAAAUUUAUAAAACUUUUGUUUCAAAGAGCGUUGGAUCAUUAUCAAUUACAAUGUUAUUAAUUCAAGGUCCUGGAACGGUUUUAACAAUUUAUUUCUUGGUUUUUGUUUCAAAAGAAAGUGUAUCGACUUGGUUGUCAUAUGUCAGUGCAGCAUUCCAAAUAUUUUUACUCUUGAUUCUACUUUUCUACUACAAGUACCAACAAAAGAGACAACUCAUCAUCAAGCAAGAAAUGUUGGAUGGAUCGGUCGACGACUAUUCAAUCAGCUCAAGUUCAUCUUUUUCAAAUUAUAUUUCAGCCAAAGAAGAUUCACAACCUUUAUUAUUGAAAAACGAAAAGAAUAUAUAA